AUGGGUCGUCGUAAGAUUGAAAUUGCGGAGGUGAAAGACCCUAAUACGAGGCAAGUCACAUUUUCCAAGCGUCGAUCAGGCUUAUUCAAAAAGGCAAAUGAAUUGUCCAUCUUGUGCGGAGUAGAAAUUGCUAUGGUUGUGUUCUCUAUUGGAAACAAACCUUAUUCUUUUGGGCACCCAAGUGUUGAUGUUGUUGCAACCAAGUUUCUUCAACAAGCGACAACCAAUUCAAAUGAUGAUGCACAGGGAAAAAAUAACAACAACCCUAAUUCGAAUGAAGUUGUUGAUGGUGACAACAUGGAAAGGUUGAAUCAACAAUUGUCUAAUCUUCAGGCCCAAAUACUAGAGGAAGAAAAGAAGGGUGCGAGGCAUGAUGAGAGACUAAAACAACAUGAAGUGACACAAGUCUCUCAAUAUGCAGAAUUGCAAGGUUCUUGUUUAGAGCUCCAACGUAAGGUGAAGGACAAUGUUGACGCAAUCGAGGUAUCAGAGUAUUCAGAUGAGGAUUCAUCCAUUAUGGGCUAUACUUUUGUAAGAGGAACAAGUGUGUCUGAGUGCUUGGCUGAUUAUGGGGUUUUUGAAGGGGGUGAUUUGGAAAUUGUAACACCUGAGAGAAUCACACUAGAAAGAGAGAAAUCCAUAGGUUAUGCAGGCAUUAGACUAUACAGUUGA